AUGAGUUCCCCACCCGGCGGGGCAGAGGCUCCGCGCCCAUGGGACGUGGCGGCUUCCCAGAGAGGGGGAAAGGAUCCCGCGAAGGUGAUGGAACGGAGCGAGAGCGGCCAGGGUGAAGGGGGGACACGCCGCGGGGACUCCCGUGGCUGCAGUCGGGUGGGGAGCCAGGAGAUGCUGCCGGAGACAGGCCAAGAGAGCAGGAGCUCCGCGGGAGGUCUGCUCUCAAAUGUAUGGUUAUGGAGAGGUGUUGCUGGAGUCCUUACUGCUGCUGUCAUUUUGAUUUUGUACGUUCAGUUUGUAAACCAUUCUUCGGCCAAAGCUUUUCCUGUCUGUCCUUCCCUGGAACUCUGUCCAUCAGGCUGGCUGUAUUUCCAGAGGAGAUGUUACUACCUCUCAGAGAGUGAAGCCAGUUGGAGCUCCAGUCAGAGCUUCUGCUCUUUGCACAACGCUUCCCUCUUGGUCAUUGAAAAUCACGAGGAACUGAGUUUUAUGGUGAAGAUAACAAAGCAAGACCCAUGGAUUGGACUUUAUAAAAGAAAUGAAGAGUUCUUUUGGGUAAAUGGGAAAGCAUUAAACAAUAAACUGAUUGAAGUAAAAGGCUCUGGGAGCUGUGCCUAUCUGGAGCCAAAAGGAGUGUCGGCCUCUGGCUGCUAUUUAACCAGGAAGUGGAUCUGUAGCUUGAAUGUCAGCUUAGCACGGUAGGGCUGGACAGAGCCACUCCCCUGGACACUUAGCACUCUGGUCUGGUAUCUACACAGGCUAUGUCCCUGCUCUGGGGCAUGGGAAUGUGGCUUAGCUCCUGCCUGGAGGUGGAUGACUUUUCUGGUAGCCAGAAUUCUCCAUCCAUGGAGAAAGCCUCCAUUUUUCUCAAAGAUGCCAUUUAAAAAGCUUGCUUUAGAUUCUCUGAUAAGUCAAUGCCUUGCCCCAUUUUCCUAGAUACUGCUCAGUCUGUAUUUCCUGUUGGGACAUCAGUAUUUCUUCUAUCAUCUCUUCUCGUGUAGGAUACUAAGCAGCUGCUCUUUCUUUUCUUUUUUGGUGUGGAUUUGGAGGUAUUUGUUCUGCUUUC